AUGCCUUUGUCUUCUUGGUUUCCUACGUUCAAGGCUCCGCGGGAGGGCGACCAUGAUGAUGCAGACGAGGUGGUUCACCCACCAGAGAUUCCUGCCCCAGGUGACCCUCCAGACAUUGAAACAAUUGCGGACAGGGUGGAGGCUCUUCAGCGUGAACUGGAAUACGCAUGUCAUCUUUUUGAGCAAGCGAAUCUUCAAAUUGAAAAAGACCGCGUCGAAAUCCACGAACUUAAGGGGUCUGUGGUGACGUUGAGGGAGACAAACGAGGAGCUACAGUCCCAGCUGGCGAGGGAAAAGGACAAGAUCGUGAAACAUCGUGCACAGAGCCAGCAGGAGCAAGUUACAAUCAAAAAGCAGAAAGCGCUCACGACCAAGCUGCAAGCAAGACUCGACAAGGAAACAGGCUCUUUGGAGACCAUGACCAGACACGCGCGUUCUCUUGAGCGGCGGAUGGUCGACAUGCAGCUUGACCUCGAAUAUUUCCAGUGCACUUCGAACGCACAACAGCAACCCAUCAAUCCUCUCGAGGCCCAGAGUCAAGACGCUCCUCUUCCAGCCCAGCCUUUUGUUGUGGUUCUGGUGGACGGUGAUGCUUACAAGUGGAACCCGGACCUCUUCUUGAACUCCAAUCAUCUCGCCGGGCACUCUGAAUCAGAUCGAAGCGAGCCUGGCGGUCUGGCGGCGACAAGGAUCCGAAAUGAAGUCAUCAAAUAUAUAACGAAGCAGGAUGGAACCAUUCCGAUCACCUCGAAAGUCAUCACUCGCGUCUUCUGCAACUUUGGGUAUGAGGGACAGCUCCUUGGCCGCAAGCGAGCGAGGUCUAAGCAGGUCGCCUUGAAGGACUUUGCCGUCCAAUUCACCGAGAAGAUGCCACUCUUUGAUUACUUUGACGCGGGCAGGGGCAAGGAGAGAGCCGACGACAAGAUCAGAGAAAACUUCCACCUCUAUCUGUCUACCCCAAAUUGCCAUGCCGUCUUUGUCGCCGCUUGCCUCGACAACGGCUUCGCUCGAAUGCUGGAACAAUAUUCUAACCAUGCAGUUGCUUACCGGAAGAUUAUCCUGGUGACGCCUGGGUACAUGGGCCUUGAAAUUCAAAGGUUGGGAUUCAAACAAGUCAUGUGGUCCAGCGUGUUUGCUACCAUGACCAUGUCCAAAAACAUGGCCAUCAAAUACGAGAAGGGGCUUCAAAGGCAGCGGAGCCUAAGCGUCUUAACAACUGGCACCAAGCGGGCUGCCAACAAAGGCAAAGGAGCCAAGGGACGUGCCAGCGGAGGAGCCGACUUCGACGUGGUGAGGUUCUUGCUUGAUCGAGUGCCGGUGUGGGAUGUGAACGAGGCCAUGGCCAGAUAUACCAAUGGGGUUGGAUUGAGGAUGCCUCCCACAUAUGGAGGGGAUGAGGCUACCUUCAGCGCUGGGAUGGAACAUACCAGGCUUGAAGAGGGAGUGGAUUGA